GAAGCUAUUGUGACUGAACAGAAAAUAAGAACGAGAGUUGCUUACAAACAAAAAUAAAAAAUUAUUAUUUUGUGUGUUUAAAUAUUUCAAAUAACUAAAACAUAAUAAUGGAACUAGCCGAAAUAGUUAAAUCAAGUUUAGAAACAUGUGGAGAAAUUAAAACUUCAUUUUCCUCGGGCAAAGAAGAAUUCUAUUUGGUUUGCACAUUCUGUGAUUAUAUUGAUUUUGAGUUGGACGCUUUUUUGACUCAUAUAAACUCAGAACAUAGACCUAAUGCUGAAAUAAAUAUUUUACCAGAGGAAAUUAAAGAUCCACUGGAAGCGAAUAACUCAAUUGAUGAUGAGUUAAUUUCAAUUGCAAGUAAUGAAGCUUGUGAGAAUUAUGUCCCUGUAGAGAUUGAAUAUAGCUCAUCUUCUGAAGAAGCUGAAAGUAUUCCGGAAUUCAAUCCGGAUGAUGCUCAAUUUGAUGAAGAUAACAAUAAAACCUUUAUUUUGGCACUCAUAAGAGAAUACAAGAAUCAUCGAUUGUUAUGGGAUUGCAAUGAUGAAGAUGCGAAGAAUCGCAGAAAACGGGAUGAAGCUGUAGAGGCUAUCGUGGAUAACCUCAAUAAAAAUUUGAAAACGGAGGUUGAUUGUCUGAUUGUAAAGGAACAAAUACGUAGAUUGAAUUGUGCGGUGCGGCGUGAUUUGUUGAAUCAAAAAAGUUCCUCAUCGAAGAAGAAAAAGCUUCAGCUACCUUGGUAUUUUGACAAGCUUGCAUUUCUGAAAGCUAAUAAUUCAUGUAAAAAACGUGAUAAAAGGGGCAUGCAAGAAUUUCGCAACGAAAAACCAGUUUUACCAUUUUCUGACCUUACUGAUGCACAAACUUCUGAACUAAUUAAGAUUUAUAAAAGCUUUUCAUGUUUAUGGGAUGUUUACCAGGUUAAUUAUCGUUUUAAGAAUCGGCGAGAGGAAGCUUUUAAAAAUAUGCAAGAUACAAUCAAAUCGAAAAUGGGUUUAAGUUUCUCAAUCGAUCAAUUGCAAAAGAGGAUAACUGCAAUACGACACGCCUGCACUCAAGAAAAACGACGUAAAAUGCAGUGCGAAAGUGUGAGAGAGCCGUAUAAACCAAUUUGCAAGUACUAUAGUGAAACAAAAUUCUUGGAAGAUAAAGUAGGACCAUUUCAGUGCACUAAAUGUGAAGCUUUACUGAGACAAUUCGACAGUUAUCGGACUCAUCUGGCUACACAUGGUUCCGUUGCAUUCACUUGCCCACUGUGCGACCACGGAUUCAAGAGUGUAGGCAAUUUCACAGUGCAUUUACGUCGACACACGCGUGAAUAUCAGUAUGAAUGCGAAGUUUGUAAGAAACAAUUUGCCGCAUCAACAGAUUUUCAGGUGCACAUGCGUCAUCAUACUGGAGAAAAACCAUAUUUUUGUGAUGUGUGCGGCCAAUCAUACCGAACCUGGACAUUUUUCAACUCCCAUAUGAAACGUCAUCAAAAACGGGCAGACCACAAGUGUGAGAUAUGCUCAAAGUCUUUCUAUGAAGGUGUGAAACUAAGGGAGCAUAUGAAAGCACAUUUCAAUGUUCGUGACAAAGAAUGUGAUGUUUGCGGAAAGGGUUUUACUUCUGGGAAGCUACUAAGGCAGCAUAAACAAAUUCACACAAGAAAAAAGAAAUACGUAUGUAAAAUAUGCGAAAAAAGUUUUGCUCAGUAUGCCGGCCUGAGUGGGCAUAUGAAAUCUCAUGGAACCACGCUAAUAAAAUCCAUUGAAUCCAAAAGUGAAGAUGUAAAUCGUAUUUUUAUAGAUAACAUAGAUAAUAAAGCUUUUUCUGAAGCGUAUUAACAUAUCAUUGAUACUU